UUUCUGGUUUAGCAGUGGGAGAACCCGGUGCACAGUUUUAGUUACUCGAUCGGAACACAUUCAGUAUUUACUGUUUACUCGAGUGGGGUUAAAAAACUGUGCAAAAUGUUAAACAAUUGUUUAAUAAUUUAAUUAUGUAGAUUGAAACAGUGAAAGAAGAAUAACGGAGAUGGACGACAGUACAGAUUCGUUCGCUUGUUCCAAUGAUGCUAAUGACUUUGGUAGUCCUGCAUUUACAAGUGACACGAAUGAUUCUACGUGCGCAAACGACACAAAUGCCUACUGUAAUCCUGCCUUUACAAGUGAUAAUGACAACUGUUUUGUAGACAACUCUACAAUACAUACUCAAAAUGAUUUGGAUAACGCACAUCAUAAUACGCAUUCCAGUUCAUAUCCCAGUGAAACAAAUGACACAAAUUGCAUCGUGGAGCAUGGAAAUUAUAAAACACACAUUAAUGAAUCAGAUGAAAAUCAUCGACAGGACAUCGUAAGUCAAAAUAAAGAUGAUUUGAAUGAAUGUGCUAAUUAUUCCAAAGAAAAUAAUUUUAAAGGCAUGAAUACAUUGAAGACUAACGAAGACUGUUAUCAUGAAGACAUUAGACAUAAAACACAUAAUGAUAAGUAUGAUAAUAACAUAUGCGCAGAAAAUCCAAAAGAUAACGAAAAUAAGGAAAUCUGUCUAAGCAAACAAGAACCAGACAGUGGACAAAAAGAAACAACAAAUAAUCUAAAUAUAGAUCAUCAUAAUACGAAAUACGAAUCCCCAAGUUAUGGCCUGAUGAAAAUAUUAAAUCAGGAAACAGAUACAAAAACUAUUUUGGAAUACAACAAUAACGAACACUUAAAGGACAACCAAUUCAAUUUGAACAAUUUCGACACUAGUAAGACUAGUCUCGCUAUUGAUCCUAAGCAAAAUGAAAAAUUUGAAAGAUUUGCACCCCAUUGGAAACAGUUUUUGGCUGCAAUGGGACCCUACCUAAUGAUUUUCUCAGGUGGUCUCUCCUGUGGUUUCUCAGCAACAUUACUUCCACAAUUAAAACAAGAACAAAGCGUCAUACUCGUUAAUCAAAGUUCGCCGUCUUGGAUAGCAUCCAUGGCAGCACUUCCAAUGGCUCCUGGCUGCUUUAUCGGAGGAUGGAUAAUCGAAAAAUGGGGAAGACGAUACGCGCUUCGAGUGUUGAGUUUACCGUUCUUCUUAGGCUGGAUCCUCAUCGCUACAGCUCCAAAUCUAUCACUUAUGCUAAUGGGAAGAUUCUUAAACGGCAUCUCUAUAGGCAUGCUGGCUCCACCCAUGUCAUUAUUCAUCAGUGAAACGUCACACCCUAAAUUACGUGGAAUGUUUUUGGCGUUCCUCUCUUUCUCCUUAGCGAUUGGCAUCUUCGUCGCCCAUCUUAUCGGUACUUGGGUGUCCUGGAGUUUGACGGCGGCUAUCUGCUCCAUAUUUCCUUUGAUUUCUGCCGGUUUGCUGACGUUCGUCCCGGAGAGCCCUAUGUGGCUACUAUCGAAAGGGAGGAACGAGGAGGCUACCAAAUCAUUCUACUGGUUAAGAGGACAUAACGAAGAAGUCACUAAGGAAUUUACAGGAAUAAUGGACAGAUUGAGGACUGCCGAAACGUCACCGGCGACGUGGAAAGAGAAACUUAAGACAUUUUACUCACCAGAAUUCUUUAAGCCCCUAGUCAUAAUGAUCAUCAUUUACGUGACGUGUCAGUUUUCUGGCGUCCACGUGAUCACAUUUUACUCGGUGACCAUAAUAGAAAUGGCAGUCGGAAAGGGAAUAAACAAAUAUGGAGCGAUGCUGACAAUCGAUUUUCUAAGGACGGUGACCACCUUAUUAACGAUUAUGACCAGCAGGAAAUUUUCUCGAAGAUUGCUAUGCAUGGUCAGUGGUACACUGACAGCAAUCUCUAUGAUGAGUCUGGCGAUAUUUUUGUACUUUUACAAGGAAAUUCCCGAGUCCCUGACCGCGGUGCCUCUUUGUUUUCUGUCAGCUUUCAUUAUAGCCAUCAACAUAGGUCUCAUGCCCCUGCCGUGGAUCAUCGUUGGGGAAAUCUUCCCUUCGAGAGUCCGGAGUUUCGGAGCCGGCCUCGCUUCGGCCAUCGGGUACAGUUCGACGUUCAUCGUGGUCAAGACUGCCCCAGGGAUGAUGGUGGACAUCGGCCAAGUGGCCACUUUCAUGUUCUACGGCUCGGUUGCGUUGGUCGGCACUGCAAUACUAUAUUUCAUUUUGCCCGAAACCAAAGGUAGAAGUAUGGUGGAAAUUGAGGCACUGUUCAAGCGAAAUAAAGUUAAGAAUAAUCCCUAACUGUAAUACAUAGUAUUAAAAUACUGUAAUAAUGUUUUGACUUAAGUUAUUUUU